CGGCGGAUCGCGCGCGCUCGGCCACGUUCGGCCGCGCUCGGGCCUCCUCGCGCGCGGUACGGUGAAGAACGUCAGUUACUCUUCGACACUCGCGCGGAAGAGUCUGUGCGUAUUUAGCGGCCGGGGCUAUUCGCCGGGUCCCUGUCACGGAGUGCCGGAGUAAUCUCGUUUCAAGGUGUUAUAUUCCCUGCGUUUACGUCUACCCCUCUCUGUGACACGCGCGCUACGAGGGCGGAAGAUCGUAACGUGCGGUGUAUCGCGAGCUACGUUUUGUGCGGCGAGUAGUAGUUGGCAACGAGGCGAACCGGCGUCGAUCUCGGCGCGCGCGCGAGGAGAUAAAAGCCGGUACGCGACGACGAGUACGAUACGCGGAACGGCAGACGAGAGGUAGAGAAGAGAGAGAGAGAGAGAGAGAGAGAGAGAGAGAGAGACGGCCGCGUGUGUGGUUGCCGUUAACAGUGAAUGCGCCAGUUUUCGUUUCGGAAUUUCUUCGCGCAUAUGCGUAUGGAUAUCUGAGGUGGAUGCGGAGUAGCGAGAGGACUCGCUGAAAGAGGGAGGCCGGGAACGACGGCGCGGUCAGAGCACGGACGACGACUCUGGCGCCGGCAUUUUGACGUUUGCUCCGCGCGCGCGUCUUCCCUCUUCGCGUGUGAUGAAUACUGUCGCAAGUGAGCGGUGUACGCGACGCCAGCAGCAGACAGAGCGUCGUGCCGCGCGAGCGAUGCCGUGCUCGCAGUGAGUCGCCCUCCCCCGCGCCCCUUCUCCCCCUUCCCCGCCCGGCGUUCGUUCGACAAUUAGCGGCGUACGAUAACAAUAACAACAAUUCGUCGAUCGUUGCGCGGAAGAUAAAGGAGGAGGAGAGAGAGAGAAAUACGGCUCUUGACAACGUCGUGUGCGCGCAUUCGCGGAUUUACCGUAAAUCGGGAAGUGUGUACGGCGGAGAAUAACGCGAGCUCCCAUAACCGUCCCGGAGGAUCGCAUCUCCUCGCCUCGCGGCGUCGUGCGUCGUGCGUCGUGUCUCGCCGGGUCUCUCCGCUCGUCUCGCUCGCCGCCGGCAUUCUCUCGCGCGUCUCAGGAGGUGGAGGGGAAGGCCUGCCUCUUCCCCGAUGAUACGCACGUGCACUCGCCGCUACCCGCUACUACGUUUACGUGCGUGCAUGCGUCCGAGCAGCCGCGUUCAGUGAAUCGAGUUCAUAUCUCAUCGUGCCGCGUCGGGAGGAGGACGGGCGAGUGACGUGUCGUCAGUGCCCGUGUUGGUUGUACGUGUCGUCAUUGUCGUCGUCGUCGUCGUCGGCGUCGUCGGUCAGUGAGAUUAUUACGCUUACGCGCGCUUCCGCUGCCGUCGCGUUUCCCGUGUGGCACCUGCUGGAAAAGGAGGCCGAAGCGGAGGGACUUCGCAGCCGCGCGUAGCCAUGGAUACGCUCCUACCGAGCGGCAAUAUAUUUCGAGAGCUGCAGGACAUACACGACACCGGAUACUUCUCGGCCCAGCCGUCGCUCGAGGAUCACUGGCAACAGGUAAGAAAGAUCAUCUAGAAGGAUGCAACUACGUGACUUCAACGAUAACACAUUUCUGCGGAUGUAUCUACAGUUGUCGGUAAGCUCAACUAAUUGACAGCGCGCUCGACGCGGGUUGAUCGAUCGAAGCGUCCGGUUGCUCGCCAGAGAGGGAACGAAGAACUUGGCGGAGCCUGAAUAUUGCCGGAACAGACAUGCUACGAGAUGGAGAGGUACCUGAAGGACGAACCGAAGCUACAAUCGUACAAAAAACUCCCCACGGAACUGGACACAGCGCCCUGGAACCUCUUCAGGGCACCAUCGAUCUCGUGGACGACGUCCACUGGAACGAGUGCACAAUUCGACCCCCCAAUCAAAAUGGAGGUGACGACGUCGUCAGACGAAAGGGAUCCCCUCUGCCUGGACGACAUUAAAUUCAGUCCUGGUGAUCAUAAUGACAAUGGUCGCGAUAGGGAUCUUCUCGAUCGUCAUCUUGACUCUUUAUCGAUGUCCUCGGCGAGUUCGGCGUGUUCAGCACUGUCCUGGGACAGCUCACCUUCCCUCUCUUGUACGGCGCUCAUUCUUAAAAAAGAACCGAGCGAAGACCUUGAGGAGGACGAGGAGCACGAGGAGAUCGAGGAGGAGGAGGACAGCGGAUGCGAAAGCGAAGGUCAGAUCCUGACGCCGCCGUCGAGUCCCGGGUCGGGUCAAGGUCAUUCCAACUCCAGUCACUCGUCGAGUGGGAGUUCGAUGCUCGACGUGCACAACCUCAACCUUCACGGCGCGGGCGGGAGGAGCGCCAUCGUCAGGGUUACCACUGGGAACGCGCAGGGUGUCGCAAGACUGAUCUCCGUCACGGCGAACGGCUUCCCCGCGGUAGCCGGCACGCAACACGCGCACGCGGGCGCAACCGCGGCCACGACCACCGUGGCUAACAGGCACCACGCGAGGAGCAACGAGCACAGUCCGCCCGACACGAAACGCAGGAUACACAAAUGCCAAUUCCCCGGGUGCAAGAAGGUCUACACCAAGAGCUCGCAUCUCAAGGCUCAUCAAAGGACGCACACGGGGGAGAAGCCGUACAAGUGCAGCUGGGAGGGCUGCGAAUGGCGAUUUGCGCGUUCGGACGAAUUGACGCGCCAUUACCGCAAGCACACCGGCGCGAAGCCGUUCAAAUGUCGGCAUUGCGACCGAUGCUUCUCCCGCAGCGACCAUCUAGCUCUCCACAUGAAGAGACACGUGUAAUCAAUCGUCUCCGCGAGCGGUUCCAGCCGCGCGUCGUACUCCGCGGUUGGGACCGUCGAGACCUCUUCCUCGUAAAGAUCGCGGAGAUCUUCGAUAUUUGCACGGCGAAAUUCACGCGAUUCUAGCAUUUUCCGAGGACACCUAGUAGUAUGCUGCAAGUAGAAGGCGAUCGAUUAUCGAACGCUCAAGCUUGAUGAACAAACAUCAAGAGAAAGAUCUACGAAAGUAGCUGUAUUAGGUAUUUGAGAUUCGUCAGGCUCCGUCUGUGACGGAAAACCCAUUUCCGAGGGUCACUCGAGAGGAGAUCGAUGAUCAGCGAGACGCCGUUUGAAGACAAUCGAAGAUCGAGUUUGUGUCUAAAACGAUCCAGGGGAACGAUUCGGAAGAAGGCUUGACGAGCAAUCGGAUGACGUGUUGUACUUUAAAGCAGCACUUCAUCGGAGUCCAAAGAGUCACACGUGUGUAACAAUGUGCAUUUCCCCGAAGUGUGCCCUGAUGUGUGAGAUCAGGAGGAGGGGAAAAAAAAGUGAUCAACGACAUUUGUCUUUAAGAGCCAAAGGGAUCGCACGAAACAAAUCUUCGACCCCGCUAACUCGCACGAGUUUGAGGAGAGACGGAAACGUCGACGGUCAGCAAUGAUCCGGAAGAGAGAUUGCGGCCAAUGUAAUAUAGGAAAGGGGAGGGCCUCCGGGGAAGUUGCCGAACAAAGAAGUCGCCCGGGAAGUUUCGUACGAGAGACGUCAAUCACUGCCAAUUCGUUACAUUUUAAGAUCAGAGCUACCGUCGAAGAUUUCAAGCUGCGACUUUAGCAACCGGAGGUCUUCGAGGAGCGAGAAGCUGACUGGAGAAAGCCUAAAGUUUUCGCCGAUUCUCAACGGUACGCGGCACAAGCGGAUGCUCAUUCGUCGAUAAAAGAAAGAAGAGAAUUUUUAUGUUAAAUAAAAGAUAUACGCUCCUACUGCAUACAUGCAUGCAUGCAUGCAGCAUGCAUGUAUGUAUGUAUGUAUGUACCACAGAACAAACCGUUAAUCUUUUCCAAAACGAUCGAGUCAACGGUUGUCGCAUUUGUCGAUGUCGAGAUAUCUCGGGUGUCGCGAGUGCCGUCGCGCGCGCACUAAAAACUAGAGAAAAACGUAGAUUUUCGCGAGGACAAUAAUGCAAACUGUCGGUGCCAAACGUUAUUUUCUUUCUCUUGCUUUUUUUCUUUCCCUUUCAGGAACUCCGCGAAGACAUUCGCGGCUAAAUACGCGCACGCGGCACUCGCGAUCCCACCGGCGAUCUCUCUCGUAGGGCGCAUCGAAAUCGCAUUCUCACGCAGCGGAGAAUCGAGGCAGGCGCGCGACGCGUGGUAAUUGAAUACGUGAUUUCGAUCAGUUUCGACGGCAACGAAGAUUCGCUGUGCCGAGUGCUAAUCCUGAAUUUACAGUGCGAAUUACAGCGCGGCCCGCCGCUGAUUCCGCCGCCGCGCUAUCAGUACCAAAGCCCGCUCGAAAAGAAGCUUAUGAAUGCGGGAUACAACUGUUUCGCUUUGCUACUUACAGCUGAUUUUUACUAAAUGCCGACGCACUCCAGCUUGCAGGUAAUCCACACUCGAUCGUCAUUGUUGACGCAGCGCUUUUUUAUUCUUACGAAAAGAAAAAAAAAGAGAGAAACUUACUCGAAUUUUGCAUGCUUGUGGGGACUGUAAAAAAGGGCUUUUUCUCUCGCGAUGUUUUCCGACUGUAGCACUGCUCGAAACAUGCGCGGGUAAGGGGAUCGUUCGACGAGACGAUCAUCACGAAAAACUCAGCAGAAUACAAAUAAAUAUAUAUAUAUAUUUUUUAAUAUUCUCGUCAUACUCAUUGAAACAAUGUAGAUAAGCAAGUAUAUUACGGGCUGUAAAAUCCGCAUAAGACUUUCGUACGCUUUUCACGCAGCCGAAUAAAUCGCGAACGGUUCCCUGCCUCGCGCAUGAUCUAUGGCAGACAGUCGACUUUAUUAUCUUGUAUCCGCGAGCGUGUUGAUCUAACAAGCAUCUACGGUCAUCAGCGGGAGAUUGCUCGUCUCGCUCGUCAUUGAAAAAUCCCGAUAUUUAAGAUAUAUCGCGUGCAACAGAAUAAUCAAGUAUUCCCGGCGACAAUGUCGAAAAGAAAAGAAAAGAAAAAGUACGAAAUAAAUUGAAACCGUUGCGGUGCGCACUCAUCAAAAAAAAAAAAACGAGGGAAGGAGGAAAACUUCAAGAAGACUAAUCUUACCUGACAGUAAGACGCGAAAUAGCCAAGGAGACGAGAAAUAUAAAAAAAAUAACUAAAUUUUAAAUGUUCAGUGGCCAAAUAAAUUAAUUGAUACGCACGUAGAAUCUAAAGAUAUACCGUACCUACUGAGUAAGCCCGACUGACUGAGAGUCGGCGCGGUUCGUACGAGUGCAUGCGAGUGCGGCUGUGUUAUGUGUGGGUCGUCGAUGCGUGCGUGCGUUUGCGUGUGUGAGUGUGAGUGUGAGUGUGUGCGUGCGUGUAGAUGUAUUUUUUUCCACGGGUAUUCCAAGCCUGAUAGGUGGAGUAUAAGGGAGGAGAUAAGCCGAAUACUAAGUUUGUAUAUUGUGCAAUUUUUUCAAUGUUUCAUUAUUUGUUACCAUGUUCACGAUUAAUUAUAAAUAAAUAAAUAUAUAUAUAUAUGUAGCAUUUACAAUUUUAAGAUAUAACGGCCAUGAAGCCAGACGUCUUUUUGAUAGCCAUAUUCGGAUACUGUGGUCGUCGUCGCGUUCGCGACACAUCCCCCUCUCCCCAUUCCCGAUCUUUUUUUUCCGACGGGCGAGAUGUAAUUAAAAGUACGCGGUAGUACAAGGGAAAAGAAAUGGGCGCGCACGCGAAAGAUGCAAAGUCUCGUCUCUGACCUCGACGACCUCUCGUUAAAUUCCAUGCCGGUCGCUGGAACGAAAGUAACUGAAGAUAAUGGUCCUUGUUAGAACCGGAGUCCACACGCAUGUAUAAUUUGCUCUUCAGACUCGUGCGUCUCUGCACUGAGUUCGUAUUUAGACUUAGUGUUGAAGAAGAGGUGAUGAGCCGAUGUUGCAAAAGAGAAGACUUUUCCCGGAGAAAGGUAUUCUCUUUUGUCGUUACGACGUCCGGUAUUUCCAAUCGAGGCAACCAACGAGCUCUGUAAAUAUGUAUCGCUAAAUUAACGAGAUCGGAGACAGAGGCGAGCAAUUAAGUAACGGCGAGAGAAAAGCUCGAAUACUUUGAAUAAAAAAGUUGCUAGACGUUUAGAUAGGUGGAUAGCUAAAUCGUUAGAUAGGCACUUAGAUAGACAGAUGAUUAUUAUAGAUCGACGAAUGGGAAUAGAGCGUAUGCGCCCAAGAGUGUUUGAGAACAGAUAGAGAGUAUUAUAUAUAUAAAUAUAUAUAUAUAUAUGUAGGUAGAGAUCGUUAUACAUAGGUAGAGAUGUAAGUAUCUAAGAAAACUCUAAAGAACUUUAGGAGAGAUGCAGUAUCGUUGUACGAGGUACGAUAAGUGAACAUAAAUGUUUUAUGAUACUCGCGUACAAGAAAAACGAGAUGAAUACUGAGAAUAAAAAAAAUAAAAGCAUACAUAAAUUAAGUGGUAAUAAAAAAAAUUAAAAAAUACAGUACGAUUAUAAUUGUAUUAUCGUGGUCUAAGGUAUUUUCAGUCAUGUUGUAUAGUAACUGUAAAUUACACGAUUUUAAAGAAAAAAUGCGAAGAUGUAUGUGAGUAUCAGAGAGAAUGAGAGCGAGAGAGAGAGAGAGAGAGAGAGAACGGGAAAGAAAGGAAGAGAGGAUGACAGGAAGGGCAAACGUAAAAAGUGCGGCGCGGCUCGUGCUGGAUCAUUUUUGCAUAAAAAGAAGCAAAAGAUUGAAUUGAAGAAAGAAAAAUUGACGAAACGAAUUAUAUCGGUCGAGUAUCGCGAAAUUUGUAUAAACAUUCCUCCCCUUUCCCCAAAAGAUUUUGACGCAAACUUAAAAGAGUAGCAAAUAACACGUAAAUUGACAGAGAAAUGUAAAAAGCUCCCUUUUAAUAAUAAUGUUAAUAACAAAUACACUCGCGGCAACAGGGCACUGACGAACGCAAUGCUAGAUAGCUGCAAUCAUGUAAAUUUUGAAGCACUUACCCCCGAUGUGGAAGGAAUUUGAUGUGUUACUAUUUGUGAAGUUAUGAAAAAAAAGUAUUAGUUAACAAUUCAAGACGUCUGCAAUUUUAUUUAUUAAUUUUAGUUUGCUGUAAUUCCAUAUGUUUCUUCUUUUUUUUGUUUUUGAAUUUCAUUCUCUAUUUUAUUGUCUGAGUCUUUCUGCACGAGAAAUAUUUUAUUUAGGAAUUAUAUAUAUUUUUUAUAACAUUUUUUUUGUAUCGAAAGCUUUGCGUCACAGUUUAUUUCGAAUCAUUGAUAUUUUUUCUUGUUUACAUAUACAUUCCAGACGUCAUGUAUUGUCAAAUGCACAUUCAAAAUACUACACCGAUAACCGAACUGAUAGAACUAAUAUUAUUUUUAGGGAAUUUUCUCGUUAGAACAGAGUUAAAUAGAAAUAAUGAAGAAAAUGAGCACUAUUAAUGAUAUACAAGGAUUUUAUGACAAAAAAAAACUUAAAAAGAAGCGAAAGAGAAGCGAAGAAAGAGAGAAAAUGAAAGAGAAAAAGUUUGAAUAAAAAAUGAAAAAAAGUGAGAAAGGAAAUUACGAUGAACAUAGAAGCACCAGUGACAAUGUGCGAAUGAACAAGAGUGAAAGUGCAUAAAUACGAGGUAAGAAAGAGAAUGAGAGAAAAAAAGAAAGAAAGACAAGAUGCGCGAGAACGAAAGAGUUAUGAGAAAAAAACAAAGACGAUAUAACUUAUAUUUUUAAAAAGUGACCUUUGGCAUAUUUAAAGACUUGUAAAAAUCGUGCAACGAGUUAAAUAAACAAACAAAAUCAAGGGCGCAGUGUAUUAAGAGGCGUCCGUCCUUCUCCGUGUCUCUUUUCAUGAUGCACUUAUACACAUAUACUAACACGUACACAAACAUACAUACACAACGCACUCGUUGAAAUACUCGGUAGCAGGUGCGAUUUACAAUUCUGAGACAUUUUCUAAAUUGCGGUACGUACCCACAUUUCUAGCCGUCAAGCGCAUGUACGCACAGGCAUACGAUACAAGAUGAAGCCUGAAAUUCAGAAGGAGUCCGAAUAUAUGCCUGUGUGUUUUAAUCUCAAUAAGAAACUGAAGAAAGGGCAAGUAAGAGCUGAUGAGAAAAAGUCUUCGAGAAUGGGAAAAGUAAAAAGACGCGUUCCUCUGAAAGAAACAUACAUCUCACGAAACGCAAGUAAUCAGUAUAUUUAUAGGCAGACUAUCUCGGGGCCUAAAGGGAUAGAAAUGAUUUCAAUCAACGCUCGAUUCUCGAGCCUCGCUCGUGUGAUCUUCCCCGAUUCAUCGCGAAUCGAGUCUUCCCGAUUUCAAAUCGAAUUCCUGACGUUUACGCGACAUAUUAAAAGCAAGAAUAAAAAGAAACCACAGUCUUUUGAUCCUUUGACACGGCUAUUAACGCGAAUAGGCGCGUUCUAUCGGGGAUGAAACUUUUCUCAUGACGAGGUGUCGAGCAUCGAAGAGGUAAACUCGAAAAUGGAAAGAAAACGAGCAAACAAACAGUCACCGCGCACAGUCACUAAUGUCAUCCAACAACACAAUCCAUGAUAGGGGAUAGUAUUUUUAGGGAUUUUAUACAGGCAUGCGACGGCAUUUCUAUGUUUUAGCCGGGAUAUUUACUGUCGAUGAUUAUUGACAUUUCUUCGUGUAUGUACGUAAGACGAGUGCGUGCGCACGUAACACAUGUAACGAGAGACAGUGUGAACGGAAAAGUACGCAAGGUGAUCCUUGAGGGAGUGCCAGACGCAGAGAGAAAGAGGGAGAAAGGGAAAAUUGCGGGGCAAGUGGAAAAAGUCAGUGAAAAAAAGAAAUCAUUUUUCCAGAAUUCUGUAUCUCGUUGCGUAUACAUUUCUACUUAUAUAAUAUUACGCGUAUUAACAUAUUACGAUAAUGUGAUUUAUUAUGUGUGAUUUUGAACGAGAAGAGAUGUGGGAAAAUCUUUAAAGGAGUAUUUUAUAUUACGAGGUAAAAUGAAGAAAGAAAAGAUGCGAGCGCGAAAAGAGAGAGAGAGAGAGAGAGAGAGAGAGAGGGAGUGCAAAAUGCGAAGCGAUAGUUAAUGUCCUUGUCGCAGCUUUUUUUGUCGCUGAACUGUGUAAUUGUAACGAAUAACGCGCUUGCAUAACUGCCGUUUCUUUCUCUCGACGUCAUUUCUCCUUCUUUUUCUUUUUCUUUUUUUUCUUUGUUCUUCUCAUUUCCUUCUUAUAUUAUCAUGGUCGCUAUGUUUCCGAUGUUUUCGUCAAGAUGGACGAUGAUCACCUGCAGAGAUACUGCUCCUUUUUCUAUCGGUAUAAAAGAAAUGACAACGAAAGGGGAAUCAUUAGGCUAAUAAGUUGUUAAAAAUUCGUGUAUAUUCGAUAUACAGUAAAUGAUCAAUUUUUUACGCGAAACGACGUUGCACUCUUUGCUCUACGCGAACCGUCGUCAUCUUCGAAAGGUCGCUAGCUUAUCGAUUAUCUUGUCGAAAACAAGCACGGUACUGCGCUGCAUAGAGAGAGAGCCUUUCCUCUGGGCUGUCCAUCGAACCCUGACGCGUGGACUUUCCAAGCCGCUUUCCGCAUUUCCCUCUCGGAAAAUAUUUCGUAGGUACCCCCGUGUUACACGGCGCCGCGUAAACACGCUUCGCGCCACGAGUCGUUCGUAUCGAUUGCAUCGCGCGAAAGAGACAUAAAUACACCACGGCACUCGCGUUUGUACACGCUUCAGCACGCGCGAGAGCUCGAGUCUUGUCUACCAAAAGAGAACCCUAUUCAUCGGGAUGUGAUUGUACAUGGUUUUUAAAUCUAGUAAUUUUUAAGCGAGACCCCUCGUGCGAGCGUAUAAGACGUUAUCAGCAACGGAGAAUCGAUAAUCACACGCGCGACACAUCGCCGAGCAGAGAGAGAAAAAAAAACAAAACGAAAACGAACGCGAAAUGUAUACGAUUCUAGGAACCUGACUUGUCCUCGACGACAAAAUACAGAUUACAUAGAAAAAAAGAUGGAAAAUAAGAAAAAAAAAGAAGAACGUAAGAGAGAGGCAUCUUCAUCGAAAGUUGAGACUAAUCACCUUACCGCGAAAGUCUCCCGGAAGUCGAGACGCGCUGGUUUGCUCCGAAGACUCGACGUUUUGUACAAGGUGUAGCGAGCUCGUGUAACGAGCGCAGUAGGUGAUCACAUGUGAUAUUUGUAUCGGCUAUUAUAUAUAAAUAUAUACAUAUAUAUAUGUAAAUGUACAUUAUAUAUUAGAGAGUAUUCCGUUAGGAUUAUGACUGGUAGUUAGAAAAAAAAGACGUAAAAGAGGGGGAGGGGGGAUGAGAUGGGAAAAAAGAAAGGGAGAGAGAAGAAAGACGAAAUACGUCGGGCCCCAUCGAAUGUCCCGCCGUAGAACAAGCGAACGCCUCGUGGACGGAAGGGUGAGGGAAAAACGGCGGAAACGAUCGCAAUUUUCCGCGGAAACGCACGCUCCCGCCUGAGCCAUGCCUAAUCGCGCUAUGCGCAGGCCUACUUGCCGGUUUCGGAAGAACGGUUCGCCAAUUCGGACGGGGAGGGAUAUAAUCGGUGUAUAUGAGUGCAAAAGAAAUGGGACGAUGGUAGAGUACGGACACGAGCUUAAAAGGGAAUCAGCGUGCGGCGAGAGCGUAGUUGGUCCGAAUUUCCGAAUUUUCCACACGGACUGCGGCCAUAAAUAUUCGUUAAAGCUAAUUCAAGUCUAACUGAUUCCGGGAUUAAGUGACAAUUAACUAAUUCUGUGUUUCUUUCUGGAGGAAGAGAGAGAGAGAGAGAGAAAGCAGGAGUCGAGACUUGGUUGAAUUCCAGGUAACUUUAACUGCUAUUUAUGGGAACGGUUCAAUGAAAUUUUUACGGGCAAAGCGCACGAAAAACCGGGCGAUCGCGCGCAAUCGCUCCGACGAAUUCCUCAAAGUCAGGAUGAUCGGACCGAUCGAUUCUCGAUCACGUAUAUAAGAAACGCAAAGGGGGAAGAUAUCGAGCAACCAUUCGCGCACUCGAGCCCGAGAGAGGCGAGUAGUUUCGCGAUGCAUAGUGACUUGACUUUUUUUUCUUGUUUCUUUCCUGCCUGCAGGACGAGUCGCUCUUUGCGACAAUUCCACGUCGAGGCGCGCGUAACAUCGUAAGAAUGCCAGCGCGAGUAAAAAUCGACUCGUUUGGCGCGCCGUUAAAUUGCUUCGUGUUUUCGGUCGUUUUUGAAAUUUCUCGCCCUUCUUCAAUCUCGGAAUUGUCUACUGGCGACUGUUAUCGAUUCUCAGCCACUCUCGCGCUGCUGUAAGAUAUAUUGCAUUGAAAGAUUUCUUGAACACGAAUAACGAGCUCGUCCUGCAUACGUUGCUUUUUUCCUUUCCUCUUCUUUAGUUUCGUUACGUUGCUUUCGCACUUGUCGACUUCGGAGAACAGGGAAGCGACGCGAAGAAGAGAUUAGCAAGCGCUAACGAAGGUUUGCUAAACUGUCUAGCGAGAGAGAGAGAAUUAUACGCGACGAGAGAGGAAUGUGCGAAUGCGAGUUGCGAGAAGUGCGAACGGGAAUACGAGCGUAAAAGAUGUACAAAACGAAAAAGAACAACCAAUUGUAUGUAACUGCUUGCGUAUAUAUGUAUAUGUGCGUGAAUGUGCGUGAGUGUAUGCGUGUGUGUGUGUGUGUGUGUGUGUGUGUGUGUGUGUGUGCAUGCGCGCCCAUGUGUGUGCUAGAAAUCUGAAUGACGCGAGAAUCAAACUCUGUGCGAUUUCUUAAUGUUUGCCAGAACUUUUAUAUAAAUUAUUUACUACACAAAGUCUUUAUUACAUCUUUAUCUUUAUAUUAUAUAAUGAGACGCUACAGUUAAUAUUAUUAAUGUUAUUAUUAUAUUAUAAUUAUUAUACGACCGCCGUAUUGUUCUUUCUUUUUUCUAUCGUCGAUUGUACAAAAGCAGCGAAUACCGUCUAAGUUUAAAUGUUUAGCAUGUAGAUCAUUUGUAAUGUUAUAUAUACAUAUUAUGAUUGAUUGGUUAACUAAUUAUAUUUUAUAUAAUUAAGCGUAGCACGCGGGAACCGCUCCGCUCUCGCCGACGAGCGUUCCUCCUCUUUACAUUUGCGAUUGAAUCUUUAAUUCGAUGUGUGCACGAAUCGCUGAACGAUCGAUGAAGCGCGCGUCGCGGAGUGAGCGAUAUCGAUCCUCGUGUGUUUGAAACGAAAGGAUUUCGCGAGGCGCUCGUCGCUCGACGCUCGGCGCUCGGCGAUAAGAUGAGAUUUCGGGCGUGCUGCCGCGGCGCGACGGGGAUGGAAAUUUUAUUUUUAUUAUUUUCUCAGAGACCGUCCUUCUUCGCGCGCGCGGAAUCGCGCCUCGAGGUCGAUAACGCUGCCGCCGACGCGCGACGCGCGACGCGCGACGCGUCGCAAAAGGAGAUCUCGAAUAUGUUACCCGAGAUAUCCCUCGCUCGCGCGAACGCGUCACACGUUUCGUCAUCGAUUUAUAUAAUUGUUGUCCGCCUAGAGAUUUUUACGUUGUCGAAAAGCGCACGCUUCUUCUUCGGCUAUCGGAGCGACCGGGCCGGCCGCGCUUUGUAAAUAAUUCAUUAAUUAAUAAACAAAUUUCUCAUUUUUUUGUGCUUGAGUGAGCUUGCUUUCAAGAGUCCUCCUUAAAAAGAGCGCUUGUGUCCCACGCGUCGUCGUCCGCGUCACGGCGCGGUGCCGACACGUCCGGGACGUACGCGAUCGCCAAACGAAUUGCGUCGAAUUGCGCCCGAUUCAGCGUGCAAACUGUGAAUUAUUCGAUUUUACGCUGGUCGGGCUGUUUAAUUCGCGUCGCGACGUGCAGCCUCAGUCCCAGGUUGCUUUAGGUGAGGGCUGAUUCGAUAUUGAACGCGAAAUUGCCCGAAUCGAGCCCGAGCUUUCCUAUUAUUAGGCAUGAAUUAGCGCCAGGGCCGGCCCAUCCGCUAAUAACAUAUUCUCGAUAGAGCGAUUAAUCUGUUUUUAACUUGCGACGCGAUUAAUACGUGCGAAAAAUAUGAGCGUGCAUGAGUUGUCCGCGAUAUUUACCAAUGUGAAAUACUUGGUGUUUUGCACUGAAUGUCGAGGAGGAUGUUGCAGGAAACAUGGAAAUAAAAAUCGCUAAAUUUCAACAAA